AUGCAACUGAGGUCCCUGCAGAUAAGAUUACAAAGAAACGCCACACACUAUGCCUUCGUUUCAGCCGAAGAUUCCGAGCAUCGUGGCUACAUGUACUACAUCAAUGAUGGGGUUUAUGGUUCUUUCAACUGCAUUCUAUUCGAUCAUGUUCAUCCCGAAGGGAUGCCGCUAUUUCAUGAUGAUAAGAAAAUUGAUAUUAAUCUAAUCGAUAAAGACUGA